UUGUACACCUCACUCGCACGCAAAGACACCCUCACGCACCCUUGAUAUCAUGAGAAGUGACGCUCCGAACGACGAUGCCGAGUCUCAUUUGGUCUCAUGGUUCUCGAGGGCUAUUCAUGGGGAAGAUUGACGAGCGUUCGUCCAGGAAGGACUUCGAACGGAAUGACGACGGCGCACAAUGACGGUGGAAUCAAACAUGCAAGCGCUCCGACCGUUCACCGUUGCGUCUGGUUGGACGGGUGGCCCGUGUGUGAAGUCGAGCUUCAGGAACGCUUGGAAAUUUCUGUCUGCCACGUCAAAGCUAUACUGCUUCUCGAAACGGCUUCUCAUUCAGUCGGAAUCUGGAAUCCUCCAAGGUCGAUUGGACGGAACGAGGUGCGAGUGCAUAUGGCAAUAUAAUUUCGAACAUCAGAAAGUAUCCAUGAAACAACGCUUGCCGCAGCGCUCGCUCGCUCGCUGCAUC